UCCUUUUUCCUGUUCCUCUCUCGGUCUCUCCCUCUCUCUUUUUGCAUUCGGCGAUUGCAUGCGUAUGGGUAUACGAAGUACGUACGAGUAGAAAGUACACGAGCAACCUUUUGCCGUGGGGCCUGAUGACGGAAGGGACGGGGCAUCGGCGCAUCGCGCCGGCGCACCGCGGAAGAGUGGCGCGGCCGGCCAUGGCGGAGCAGCUGUGUGCACGACGCCAGCUGCUCAGCGGCGGAGCAGGCGCGCCCAAGGUAGGUCAAGUUCCUCACCACGUCCGGGCGCCCGGAGUUGGCUUUAGGCGUGACUCACGCCGCGUGAGGAACGGGUAGUUUCAUGUACGAGAUGCAUGCAAGAGGAGCCGGCGCCCGUAGCUUAUGGCUUGUUAAGACUACUUUGAACAGAUCCUUUAUCUUAUUAUUUUUCAAACUUAUCUCUAAAAACAGUGUCUAUUUACAGUCUCGUCUCGUGUCCCCUAUUUUAUAGAUAUUCAAGGUGUGCCUGUUUUUGUUCAGUACGACCUACGCAUACUGCUCAUCCAAAUCUAACUUUUCCUCCUUUCACAUUUUUACUCAACAAAAAAGGUACAUUUAGGUCAUCAAGAGGUCGAUAGGAGUGCACUUAUACUAUAAAAAUCAAGUAUUUGCUGACCAAAGCCCCUAGCUGCCAAUGUCUCCUUAAAACCUAGUAGUGCUACCGGUACAAACCCCUGGUCCAUGGACCAUGUCCACCGGGAUUUCCGUAGCCGCCUCAGCUCGGCUGGGCUGGGCUGCUACCGUCUCGAUUGGCAACGCGUCCCCCCACAAACGCACCCCGGCGUCUGCCCUAUACAUAACCCCCCUCUCCUCCCAUCUCCGCGACCGCAGGCAGACUACUAGACUCGGCAUCUCCGCCGCUCCUCUCUCCACCCGGCGCGCGCGCACACACAGCACAGACACCUACAGUCACCACACGCGCCAUGGCUACGCACUCGGUCGCCGCCGCGCACGCCACCAUCGCCGCGCGCGCGGGCGCCGCCGGGGCGCCGGCCCCGGCCGAGCGCCUGGGCUUCCGCCGCCUGGGCUCGCCCGCCGGCGGCCUGCGCUCCGCCCGCCGCGCGCCGCCCGCGGCCGCCUCCCGCCGCCAUCGCGUCGUGCGUGCCGCCGCCGUCGAGACGCUCCAGGGCAAGGCCGCCACCGGCGAGCUGCUCGAGAAGUCGGUCAACACGAUCCGGUUCCUGGCCAUCGACGCCGUCGAGAAGGCCAACUCCGGCCACCCGGGCCUCCCCAUGGGCUGCGCGCCCAUGGGCCACGUCCUCUACGACGAGGUCAUGCGCUACAACCCCAAGAACCCCUACUGGUUCAACCGCGACCGCUUCGUCCUCUCCGCCGGCCACGGCUGCAUGCUCCAGUACGCCCUCCUCCACCUCGCCGGAUACGACAGCGUUAAGGAGGAGGACUUGAAGCAGUUCAGGCAAUGGGGAAGCAGAACACCGGGCCACCCUGAGAACUUUGAGACUCCAGGAGUUGAAGUUACCACCGGGCCUCUUGGUCAGGGUAUCGCCAAUGCCGUUGGGUUGGCACUUGCUGAGAAGCACCUGGCUGCCCGCUUCAACAAGCCUGACAGUGAGAUCGUCGACCACUACACGUACGUUAUUUUGGGAGAUGGCUGCCAAAUGGAGGGUAUUGCUAAUGAAGCUUGCUCCUUGGCUGGACACUGGGGUCUUGGCAAGCUGAUUGCUUUCUACGAUGACAACCACAUUUCCAUCGACGGAGACACGGAGAUUGCAUUCACAGAGGACGUGAGCACCCGCUUCGAGGCUCUUGGGUGGCACACGAUCUGGGUUAAGAAUGGGAACACCGGAUAUGAUGACAUCCGCGCAGCCAUUAAGGAGGCGAAGGCAGUUACUGACAAGCCCACCUUGAUCAAGGUGACUACCACGAUCGGUUUUGGAUCUCCCAACAAGGCCAACUCAUACAGUGUUCAUGGAAGUGCACUGGGUGCCAAAGAGGUUGAAGCAACCAGGCAGAACCUUGGAUGGCCCUAUGACACAUUCUUUGUACCAGAGGACGUCAAGAGUCACUGGAGCCGCCACACACCCGAAGGUGCUGCACUUGAGGCUGAUUGGAACGCUAAGUUUGCAGAGUACGAGAAGAAGUAUGCAGAUGAUGCAGCAACCUUGAAAAGUAUCAUCACGGGGGAGUUACCCACUGGCUGGGUUGAUGCUCUUCCUAAAUACACUCCAGAGAGCCCAGGAGAUGCCACCAGGAACCUCUCCCAGCAGUGCCUGAACGCCCUUGCUAAUGUUGUGCCUGGUCUUAUCGGAGGCAGUGCUGAUCUUGCAUCCUCCAACAUGACUCUGCUGAAGAUGUUUGGUGACUUCCAGAAGGAUACAGCUGAAGAGCGCAAUGUCCGCUUCGGAGUCAGAGAGCACGGAAUGGGCGCCAUUUGCAACGGCAUUGCUCUGCACAGCCCAGGGUUUGUUCCGUACUGUGCUACAUUCUUUGUCUUCACUGAUUACAUGAGAGGUGCCAUGAGGAUCUCGGCCCUGUCUGAAGCCGGAGUCAUCUAUGUCAUGACCCACGACUCUAUUGGUCUCGGAGAAGAUGGCCCGACCCAUCAGCCCAUCGAGCACCUGGUGAGCUUCCGUGCGAUGCCGAACAUACUGAUGCUCCGCCCUGCUGAUGGCAACGAGACUGCCGGAGCAUACAAAGUCGCGGUCCUCAACAGGAAGAGGCCGUCCAUCCUCGCUCUCUCCAGGCAAAAGCUCCCUCACCUGCCUGGCACCUCGAUCGAGGGCGUGGAGAAGGGCGGGUACACCAUCUCUGACAACUCGACCGGCAACAAGCCUGACAUCAUUGUGAUGGGCACCGGCUCCGAGCUGGAGAUCGCGGCCAAGGCCGCCGACGAGCUGAGGAAGGAGGGGAAGACGGUCCGCGUCGUCUCGUUCGUCUCCUGGGAACUCUUUGAUGAGCAGUCGGAUGAGUACAAGGAGAGCGUCCUCCCUGCCGCCGUCACAGCGAGGAUCAGCAUCGAGGCCGGGUCCACUCUCGGCUGGCAGAAGUACGUCGGAGCCCAGGGCAAGGCCAUUGGCAUCGACAAGUUCGGCGCGAGUGCUCCUGCCGGGACGAUCUACAAGGAGUACGGCAUCACCGUGGAGAGCAUCAUUGCAGCUGCCAAGAGCUUUUAAGAGCUAACAACGGUCUGGAGUUUUUUUUAUUGUCGUCGUUGAUGCCAAAGGAACACUGUACCUAGAGGACAGUCCUAUGCCUCGGAGCUUGGAAUAAUGAUGAUGGAGGGAGCGGAAGGAUGCCUGCCAUUUGUUGGAGCGUGCGUGGUAGUAUUUCUAGGCCUGUAAUAAACAAUGCCUUUUUCCAUUUACGUUGUUGGUUUUAUCCGGUGACCCUCACACGAUUCAUCAAGGUGGUGAGCCUGGCUAUUAAAUCGGGUGCUGUUUUUUUUUUGGGUAAACAUUGGCAAUGGCCUUACUGUCUUGCAGCAGUGCUUUUUCGUUUGCUGGAUUGUGGGUUUAAGAUGCUGCAUUUUGGCUCUUUUGUUGAUACAUUUUCCCAUUGGCUUU